GAUAUUUUAAGCCGUUACUACUUACUAACGUAAGCACAUAGUCGUUACAUGAGUCACCUCAGGGCCUUUAGCGACUCAAUAAUAACCCUGACACCAGAGUUGAUAAGGUCGGUAAUUUACCUCAUAGCCCACAUGGUAUGAGAAGAAGACGGUACAAAAAUAACUUUAAGCUUUAUCAUUAAAGGUAUAGAUAUCUACCAUAACAUUUGCAUACUUACCUACAUUGGGACAUGUAUUACGGUACCAUUUUCGUACAUAUAGGUACUUACAACCUUUCAAAUGUAAAUUGUACCUAUUAUUUUAGAGUUACCAAAAGAUAAAGGCAAGAGAAGCACUCAACUUUGAGUUAACUUUGCUUUCAGACACGUGUGAUGCUAACAACAUUUUGAAGUAGCACAACACAUUCUGGUGAACUCGAAGUAUUGUAUACAUUAUAAAGAAAUGGCAGCGAGCGUUAAGAAGGAAAAUAUAUUACAACCUUCAACAUUACAAGAGGCUUUGAAUAUUAUUAAAUUUCUCACAACGUCACAUAAACAAGAAGUAACGAAGUUAAAAGAUGCGUUGCAAAAACAUACAGAAGUUGUCAAGAAACUAGAACUGAAUAGGAAAAAGGAAUUAGAAUUCUUAGCUAAAGAAUUACAUAAUUAUGAAAUAAAUUUAGCACAUAGAACAGAGGCAGUAGCCAAACAAUUAGCUCAGAAAGAUGAAAUUAUUAAGAAACAAGUAGAAAUCAUCGAAGAAUUAAAUGCAAAAUUAAAAGCGAAGACACAGGAAGAGUUUAUAAUACCGGAAAUCACAUUAGGUGACUAUAAUUCGGACUCGGGUGUUGCUAUGGAGAAUGAAGAUAGCCACACAAAGGCAGAAGAAGUUAAAACAGAGGCUAAGACAAUAAGGAAAUGCAGUAGAAGAUUUGCUGACUCAAUAAGUUUCCUACGUAGAGUAGAUUUUUCUCCUAUGAAAUAUAAGCCUAGCACUAGAGAAGGAUCAAAGAAGAAGGAAGAAGCAAAGAAGAACUUAGAAGUUCCUGUAGUGAAUAAGAGACUGCUUACCCGUCAGUAUAGUAAUGAUAGGCCUACAAGCGAUGAUGAGAGGCAAGUUACUGAAGAAUCAGUGCUGUCUGAUGGCCCAGAACCUAUCCUGAUAAGACCUAAGCAAAUGAAUGAUAGUAUGAAUAAUCAUUUUUCCGAUGAUGGGAGCGAAGACACCAGUGAAGAAGUAUUUGACAGAGUUAUGACCAGAAGCAGUAUAAGAAGAUCGGUCAAAGCAAAUCCUAAAUAUAAGAAAAUUAAUCGAACGAAAUCGAAACUCCUCGAACACAUUAAAGUCAAUAUUGUAGACUGAAAUAUAAGCAAUGAGAUUAAAACAAUUAGUAUUUGUGCAAUAUGAUUUAAUGUACAGUAAUAAAUUAUAAUAUUAUUGUAACAUAUAUGAAAGAUAUAAAAGAUGUAACUCUU